AUGGCAUACAUCAACACUACCUCGACAGCCCGGUACAAUAAUUCCAUUAGAAACGUGAGCUCUUCUGAACAUACGACUGGAUUUAUGGCCUCUAGCCCACCAGUUAGUCCGAUGGGUAAUUAUUCAACUGUGGCAGCGGCUCAGGCGUCCACUUCUGGCGUUGGAGGGGGUUCCAGUACCAACACAGAUGCAAGCGAGGAGGAGUUGGAUCAGUUGCUUAGGGAGCUACAGAGCUUGAUCGAUAGCCCAUACGCGCAGGCAGUGUUGCAAAACAUAUUGGAAGUCAUUGAAGCUCGCGCUUUAUGUAAUUUUGAUCCUCUUUUUCGCGACAACUUUCUAGAGUCACGUAUACGUGAUAUCUUGAUCGAACUAACCAUCGCAGGGACAGAGCAAUCAUUGCUCUUAGCCCUCAACCUUAUUGAAGGCCUGCUCCCCAUACGCUAUACGCAUCCCCAACAGAAGUUCACUCGGCUAUGUCGCAGUCUCACAGCGAUAAUGGAAUGUGAUCUGGAGAAGCCUUCUAUAGAGGCACAAGACCUAUACAAGCGAAUGCUGAAACUGGACAUGAAAUUUGAUGACCCUCCUCUACUUACCUUCGUUCCCAAAGACCUAAAAGAUAGGUGUGAGCACGCUCUUAUGCAACUUGAUCGUCGACUACAGCAGACCAAUGCGCGUUUUCACCUAAAGUGCAUGUCCAUCCUAUUGGCAGGGGCAACCACAGUCGAAGUCAACCCACACUAUAUAGGAGGCCAGUUGCGCAGCCAACUCAUAAUGCUAUCCAUGACGCUCUCAAGCUCUAGUGAUCCGACGCUGUGUGCAACAUCCUACGAUUGCCUAUGUGCGAUCUUCCGUAACACUAGUCAUAUGCGGCGUAAUGAGAUUUCAUUGGAGAACCGAUGUAUCUGUGAAGAGGCCGUACGGGUUUUAAGCAACAAGCAUCACAACGAGGCAAACAUUGUAUCAAUUUUGACCAGGCUGCGUGCCCUCUUGAGUAGUCGUGAGUUGAGCAGCAUUAAUAAACACAACAUGUCGCAGCUGUGUGUCUUAAUAACGGAGCAGUACCGCAUCACCGAAUCAGCUGCUGUGCGACUGGCGGUGUGUAAGCUGGUGCCCAUUAUUGCACCGAUAGACCUCCACUAUGCACAGCGCCGAUCAAGCUACUGCGCCAUCAUCAUGAAACCUGUUAAGAACAUCCGUGAUGAGCGCACUAAGUCCGAUGAGCUGCACAACGUCGCGGCUUUCAUUGAGAACGCUGGGUAUGGCGAUUUGGACUCUGCCAACCGAACAAACAUUGAUUCCAUUAUACACCGCUACAUAUCUCGCGUGGAGACGCAGGAAGCAUGCUGGCGCAUCAUCGCCGCCAUCUGUCAGUCAAACGCGAAUAAUCCUCCUUUGCGGGAUUCCGUUUCAAAGUCCGGAAGUCUGGGGGCGCACCGGUCCCUCGUGUGCACCCCGAGCUGUGACGCACCAAGCUUCACGCAGACAAUAUUAGCUUCCUCAGUGGACGAGAUCAACAGCGCGGAGAUAUCAGCCCUGUGCAAGGAAAACAAAAGUCCGCAUGCAAAAAGUGUACCGCCUAUCCCUGUAAGUGUUUCACCAGUCGUGAAAGGUUCAAAUAAAACAUUUACAUCGACCACGGCUGCGACUGAGGCCGUCACUCCCAACCCCACGGUUCAGGUGCAGCCUCACCACAGCGAAAGCACCGUUAAAUGCAUAAAUACGCCACAGAAAAUAAGCACUCCCACAAGCUCCUCCGACGUACUACUUACCCACUCAAUCACCUUGCAAAUUAACACCCCUUCAGUCCAAAACACGUCUGGUAAUUAUCCCACUGACGCGAAUACCGCGAGUGUAGCAGGCACCGUAGAAAUGAUCCGCCGUUGCAUACCGUGCAUCGUUCACGCGGCACUCACUCGGGAUUUAGUUCGGUAUCUCGGUAUUAUACAGAAGCUUGUACCUUCUCUGAGUGAUGACAUUGAACGUUCUCUGGAUAUGCUAGUAGAUAGCACUCUUGAAAAGUUCUCCAAAAGUAGCGUAGACUUAGACCACACAAAGAAAGCAAGCAACAAAUCGGACACUGCUAACACGUUGACUUCUCAAAAUACUAGUCGUCAGUAUAGCACACACGACGCUAGGAACAAUUCAUCAGCUGUUAUGAGCUCUCUAUCUCAAUUCCUCAAUCACAACAAUAAUGCAACUGAGGGUGAUUUGAUGGCAGACACAACUAGUAGCACAAUCACACAAAAGAGUGAACAGAAGGACAACUUCACGAGUGACGUCAAUGUUUCUUUGUGUAAGGUUACACCGUCACGAAACUUGACAAAGGGGCCAAUGGGAUAUCCCUUCAUGCGAACUGAUUUGAAGAACUCAACAACAACGCCACGCAGCCUUUGCCAAUCAACCUAUUCUGUGCAGGCAGCUGAGAAGCCGCACUGUGACUUGACAGUCGCAUUGGAGAGCUUUGCACGUCGUCCCGUCACAUCUGUUCAGAAGCUUGAAGAGAUCAAAACAGUUAUCAUGCCAUUUCAGCGCAAUGCAGAUCCUGCAGUUCGCCAGAAGAGUAGCGAAGCUAUCAUUUUAAGCCUCGGUGAAUGGAUUCAAUAUGCUAAGGAGCAUAAAACCUCGACUUACUCUACCCGCGUCAUUGAGAUCUUAGAAUCCUACCUAAAAAAUGCACUUUCAGAAAUGAAUCCGGCGUGUCGCCAUCACGAAAUUACGCUUCUUGCAGAAGCACCCAACCUGCGUCCUUUUCUUUGCGAGUCACACACGCUUUCCGUGUUACUUAGCUUCCUGAAUGGUGAGUCACUAGUGAGGGAGAAAACGGUGAUGUUGCUUGUGUCCCUCAUUCAGGACCCAAAGCUUUCCAACUAUAUGCUAGCGGUUAAGCAGAGUCUUUACGUCACGAUCCAGUCCUAUAUUGUAGUGUUGGAGUACACCAACGAGACCCGGACCUUGAUUCGAAGCCUGGCGGACCUGCAAAUUUUUGCAAACUUUUGUGUUCGUCUACUUAACAAUCAUCUCUGUCGCAUUCUAUAUGCCUUUCGAAAGCGGCUUCAGGAGGAUAAUAUACCGGACUCAGUUUCGCUUACAAUACUUAAAACUCUUGAAAAGAUCCUAGGUGCUCUUGUGAAAGAGGAAAGGACGGUUUUACAAUAUCAAGACGAUUUUGCUGAGAUUUACCCAGUGGUAGUGACUAUACUCAUGGAAACCCCUUUGCUGGUUAUUAGGCACGCCGCAAUAAAUGUUCUCAUGAAUCUCAACCAGAUGUGUCCCACCUCCUUGGUAUGUAUUGAGGAUAAGCACCAUGAGCUCAUUGGAAUGUUGGGGAACGUGUACAACGCGAACCAAUGCACCCGCGAAGAGCUUUCUAAUAUAUUAACGCUAUUUGGGCAGCUGGGGGCGGUGGAUCCAUCUUCAAACCCGAUGGCAGUUCAAAAAAAUAAAACUGAGGCGGCUUUCGCUCAGGAUGAGGUUGACUCGGAUCUGAUGUUUGAUUGCACCGCUAUUGUUUACCGCACUUUGUGUCAGAUGUUGGAUCUAAGCAUGUCCGAAGCGGUUCACUCACAGACUUUGCGUACCCUCUUGGAUUUCAUUCGCUGCACUCAGGAUUGUAAAGACGUUGUGGACGGUGUGCACGCAGUUCAGGCAGUGCUACACGUUUUGAAGUGUUUUACUGAUAGCCCUUCUCUCCGUCUAGAAGCACUGCAUGUCCUGGCCGGAAUUAUUACAUUGAGGUAUGAGCGCGUCUCGCGAGUGAUGCUGCCUGAGAUUGUAGUUUUGUUGGAACAGUUGUGGAUCCCAAGUGAUAUCGUACUGUUUCGCGGUGUGUUAGAGGUAGUGGAUGCUCUGAGACCGGGUAAGUUAUCGGAUAAAGAGCAUUUGGAAACAUGGGCGUGGUUGUACCCACGCCUCACAGAUGUUGCACUUCAGGAUCACAUGGAAACACACGAGUUCUGCCUGCACGUCAUUGAUAUUAUUCUUAACGCAAGCUACAUCCCACCGCAUUGCAUGAAUAUCGUCUUUCCCAUGCUGACGCAUUUCAUUAAGCAGAACGACCUCCUCGUUGAGGUACGUAGUCAAUCACUCUGUGCGGCGGUUCAUAUUGUGUGUGAACUCAAGGCAAUGCAGUAUCUACCCUCGUUAAUACAAGGUAUCUCCACUUUCGCCAGGCACUGUGAUAUGCAUAAAGAUCUCGCAUCGCAAAUAUCCACACCAAGUGUACGAGAGUCACUUAAGAUUCUUUCUACCCUACAGUUUGGCGGACGCUCCAUCGUCAAACAGCUGCGCGAUCGUAUCCUCGGCGCCGAUGGGUCCAGCUCAUCCAGUAUUCCCUUAUUAUCUCUGCCUGCGGUGGACAGGCACCACAGUUACGUUGUUGGGAGAACCACAGGACAAUCGCAUUGGAAUACAGUGGCUCAGUCUGGAAGUAGUGCUGUCUCGUCUUCAACUCACAUGAGCGGUCGAACGGAUAACGCAACUAGUGGGGUUACUAGUAGAUCCUUCCGUCAACACAAGCAUUCUGAGCUGCUACGUGCCGACGACGACGCAAUACCGUCCUCGAUCCUUCUCAGCACCGCCGACCCGUCCCAAGACUUAGCACUCUUCAUGAAGCACAUUGAGUACGGUGAGCGCGUAAAGGAGAGCAAGUUACGUGAGUGGUUCGCUGAAUUGCAGAAGUGGAUUAUACUGGUCACACCGCACCCUGCUUUUCGCGUCUUAGUGAAUCUUUUUGAUAAACACGAGCAGCUCCGAAGGGAGCUUUUCUAUCCGUCCUUUAAGGCGUUGUACGAGGUGCUAAGUGCAGAGCAGAUCAAGAAAGUGGAUGUCGUGCUCACAUUGGUUUUGAACGGCAAUGAUGCUGAUUUAUCAAGCAAGUGUCUUGGAUUAGCUGACUAUCUCGACCACAACACGCCCAAAAUAACCAAAGAGGUACUUGACAAGCUAAGCAGGCUAGAGCGUGCCGAUAACGGAAAGAUGUUUAUACACGCUAGAGAAACAGGGCCGGUUCGUCAGAAUUUGAAUCCAAACUGGAGCAUGUGGCAAGGGGAUCCUUUCGUCGCUAACGAUGAACAGAUCCGAAAAUCUAGCAUUUCCACAAGUAUAAACACCGUGGGCGACUUGAAGACACAUGAUAUUUUGACAGAGAAAGAGGGUGACGGGCACGUUCAUGACGUUGACGUUGAGGGCACGCUGCUAUUGGAUUCGUGUGUUUCCUUGCUCAACAUCUCUCGGCAUGAGAAGGGAAGCGAUAGCCACCGCAUAUCCAAGGAUGGGGUCGACGAGGAGCAACAUCAUGGACUGCCUGGAGUGAAACGCAUAACAGGUGGGGCCGAGUUGAUGUUUCCUGAAGGAUUGCAAGGGAAUCCUACAGUUAGCGCACAGGAGCGUCCUAUGCGUGACCCCAACAAUAGAUCAUCAAACAGAAAUAUAAACUUAAUUCAAAAAUCCCGUCCAUUACCACAUGGCGCGCGUUUGUCGUGCAAAACGAGCAUCCUCUUCUCCGCCAAGGAUAUUAUCAGGGCAGCGGAGAGGACUCGCAUGUUUGAUAAAGCCCUCAGCUACCUAGAGGGUAAUCUUCAGUAUGUGCUAAACGCCUACCGUUAUCGUGAAAUACCGCGUGAGGUGAUCAAAAAACAUGUGUGGCCACUUGCUUGGGUUUACAGCCAGCGUGAAAUGCAGGAUUCGGUUGUUGGCCUCUUCAAGACAAUCCGCUAUGUUGGCGGUGAUGAAGAUGGCUUUCGUUUCGAGCUCCUUCGUUGGUGGGAAAGAGCAAAACAGGCCUACGAGAAGGUCUUUCAAGGAGACUCCAUCGGACCCUCGGUUAGCCCAGCGGUUGUUGAGGGCUAUGUAAGGACGCUCUGUUUUUGUGCGGAGUGGGAGAAAGCGCUUGCGGUGGUCAAGCAGGUCUACAAUCGUGGCUUCCUCAUGUCUUCUACAUCCACCAGCAACACCCACACUUCGGCUACCAUUAGCAUUUCCUCAACGGUCGCUCAGUGUGGGGCGUUAUCUGCGUGGGUUCUAGAGCGCUGGGACGACGUGACCCAGCUGGCGGAAUGCAUAUCCCCCAGUGAAGGCAGCAAUGCGGCCAUUCGUCUUUUCCUUUUGAACGUCGUUCAUCUGCAUUCUGCCAUCGUCGAAGGUUCUACCAGUUCGUAUGACACCCUACGGCAGUCGUUUAGGCAGGGAAAAUUGGUGGUUGACAGCAGUUUACGCACCCUCAUGCCACUGAGCUAUUCUCAUGCCUAUGAAAAUAUAGCCCUGUUGCAGCACUUCACCGAGAUGGAGGAAGCCUUGGACUACACCCUCUGUCGUUCUUCCAAGCGGCGCUCUCAGUUUAUAGGGCGCUGGAACAAACGCUUUUUGCACCUGAAACCAGACUCCCUAUAUCCCAGCCUGCACACCCUCCUCCUCCACUCCCUUGUUCUCAGUCGCAGUGAGAUGUCCGACAUGAUGCUGCAUUUUUGCGAGUCGAUGAGUGCUGAAUACCCAAGACUUUCCAUCUGGGCGAUGAAUUGGCUCUGGCGGGGUAUCUCUUCGUCUCAUGUCGAUGGCAAGCCGCCACCGAUACACUCAAGUGAUAUGCAGAAGAGCAACCCCAGUGUUGUGGUAGGCUACAUUUCUCAUUUGUGGAGUCAGGGUCACCGGCAGGCUGCCGUCUCCUACAUGGAGCGAUACUUGGCAGACCAUGGAAAAGAAUUGGAGGUGAGAGAUCCCGAUUGCUACGGUGGAGCUCACCUAAAGUUAGGCACGUGGAAGCAGGACCUCCAUGCGGAUUGCUUCUGGAUGAAGGAGUACUGUGAGGCCGAAUUGGCCCACUUUCACGAGGCAAUUCGUGCCAUGCCUCACAGCUACGAGGCGUGGCACAGCUGGGGUUUAAUGAACUACCGUAUUCAACAGCGUGAGCAUAGGUUCACAUUAGGGGAAUUGCAUCGCUUUGUGGAAGCUGCACAUCAAGGUUUUGUCGCGGCUAUUUGCCGUUGCAAGAGUCCUUCUGAGGCCCUUCCUGGAAUCAUGCGUUUGCUUCAGUUGUGGGUCAUACACAGUGGUGUUGCUUUUUUGAAGGAAAUGGUUGCAGAUAGCAUCAGCCGUAUUCCAGUGGAUCAUUGGGUUCAGUCUAUUCCACAGCUUAUUGGAUACCUCGGAAAUGAAUGCCACGACGUUCGCGAGAUGAUUAGUAUGAUUCUUAAAUCUUUGUGUGGAAAGCAUCCCCAGGCUGUCGUGUUCCCACUACUUGUCGUGCUCAUUCCCGACGAUAUGUGCAUUAAUACUGACCCGCAGCUUCUUCUUAAGCGAGAGUUGGUGCAGUCGAUAAUUCAGCACUGCCCUAUACGGAUUCGAAAUGAGGCGGAGACAGUGGCAAAACUCCUAGUGGAAGUGUCGGCAAUACCCAUCGAGAAAAUUCGAGAGAACCUUAGCCGGAUCGCUGCGGCGUGGAAUCCCAAUGCUGAAUACGAAGAUGACCGUGAGGAGGUGCAUCAGCGGCUUAAGGCUAUCUUGGAUAUUUUUCAAGCCAAUCGCAAGCACCUGCUCUACACUGUUGGUGACAUCGGACAAUUUGUCCAGAUGGUUAUUGACGAUGAUCUUCGUGGGCAGCGCGAGAAGGCGGCCGUCAUUGUGAAUCAGCUAGUGGAUGAAAUCACCAAGCAUAUUUCGGAAAAGCUGGGAAGGGAACCCCAGAAGGCGAUGGAGCCGUUACUGCGCAUGCGGAAUUGUGCUAUUGCAGUGUUUGGUGAGUACAACAUUGAGAACGUGAACUACCCCACAAUCGUCUCCUUCAGUUCUGAACUAGAUGUAAUCCCUUCGAAGAAGCGACCGCGACGAAUUCAGCUGAACGGAUCCGACGGGUGUCUUUAUAGCUACUGCCUAAAGGGUAACGAGGACAUUCGCAUGGACGAACGCGUCAUGCAGCUCUUUGGGAUGGUAAACAUUCUCCUGAGCCACAUGCGCAUGCCCAGUAGGGCCGAUAUCCAUCGCUUUCCAGUCAUUCCCAUCACCUCCAACGUCGGUCUCCUCGGGUGGGUUAAGGACGCGAGAACGAUUAACAAUACCAUUUGCAACUACCGCGCGAACGUAUCUCACCUGCGUACGCAUCACGAGUCCAACGUGCUGCAUAACUACGUUGAAUCUUUCGGACAGUGGGAGAAGCUUAGUAUCAUUCAGCGCACCGAGGCUCUGGACCACGUCAUGUCGCAGGAAAAUUGUGAAGCCGUGGAUGUUGCCCGCACAAUGUGGUACCGAGCCAACACGGCAGAGCAAUGGCUUGACCUCCGUAUCAUGUAUACAACUUCAUUGGCGACCAUGUCCUUGGUGGGCUACGUACUUGGUCUCGGCGACCGGCAUCUCGGUAACAUUCUACUCUCCAUCUCCACUGGUAAGAUUGUUCACAUUGACUUUGGGGAUAGCUUUGACGUUGGCCGCAUGCGGCAUGUGUUGCCUGAAACGGUGCCAUUCCGCUUAACGCGUAUGCUUACUAGCGCGAUGGAAGUGUUUGGAGUGAACGGCGUUUUUCGGGCCUCAGCAACGCGUACCCAGAGUGUCUUGAGUCAGAACCGCGAUAGCAUUAUGGCGCUCCUGACGGCCUUUGUGUACGACGCGAUUAUACAGCACAGGGGGAAAGUCAAGAAUAUUAUGAACAAAAGCCGUUCACCUCAGAACAUUGUAGAGCGGACGCGAAAUAAGUUGCGAGGAAGAGAAAUGGCACUGCCUAACGAACGAAUGUCUAUCUACAAUGCUACUCCAGAGAGUUGUCGUAGGCCUGAUUUGCUAUAUAUGUCCAAGGCAUUCGAUGACAAUGCAGUUCGAGAUCAAUCACUAGGAAUGACACCUGAAGAGCAGGUUGGAUUUUUAAUCGACGAAGCAACGCGUGUUGAUAACUACACCACGAUGUAUUUUGGUUGGGGGCCAUUAUGGUAG